ACGGGUCAGUGUACGCACGCAUCUAUACUCCUCUCCGAGCUCACCACCGAAGUGUUCUAAGAGACGGACUAAGAUUUGCAUUUCAAGCAAUUAAAGAAUUUUUUGUAACUAAACCAUUUAAUGAUGAAGAAGCAGGCGUCGGUGGUGCUGUGGGUGGCAGCGUUGCUGUGCUCGUCGUCAGCGGCGCCAGCGAAGCUCGGCGCUGACGAGUCCCCCAACAGAGUGACCAACCUCCUCCAGCGCGGCUACUCCUACCCAGAGCCUCCUGCCGCUGCCCUGCCCGCCGGCACGCACUUCGAGCUCGCCGGACCUCCGCCACCGCCAAUUAUUCCUGACCGCGUCAAGGCCGCCGCUCCGUUCCCACCAACUCCAAGAACCACCACCACUACCACCACCACCACCACCACCACCACUACCACACCACCCCCUCCUCCACCACCUCCGUCAGGUCUUUACGGCGCCCCGGAAGCAGAUCUCCCUCUUCAGGAUGAAGGGCCGUCAAACCUUAACACAAACUUUGUCUCGUUGGAAUUUGAUUUGGAAUUGCCGGAAGUGGUGGAAGUGUCACCAACCCCCGCCACUCUACCUACACCUAAGGGAUUUUCACCACCGCCGCCCCCCACACCGGCCCCCGCUAUGGACAAGUCCAUGCAUCCCUACAUGCCAUACAACAUUGACUGGAGUGUGAGUGAUCCAAAAGCGGGUCAACAAUUCAGUCAUUCAGAGACGAGUCACGGCGACGACGUCCAGGGAGAGUAUCGCGUCCUGUUGCCCGACGGCAGGACUCAAAUUGUCACCUUCAGAGCAGAUCCCUCGUCAGGAUACAACGCUGCUGUUAAAUAUACCAGACGACUUGCGUAAAGGAUGAAAAUAUUAUCAUGCCUCUAGAGUACCCAACUCUUAGUCCGUAUGUUCGAUGAUGAAAGUAAUAGAGAAACCGCAACAUGUCCGUGGUGCGUGAAGCUUGUGUGCUACAAUGCAUGUGGUGCAGUGGUUCAGGACAUUUUGUAACCGAUUCCCAAGGCUGGACCACGUACCAUCAGCAUCGAUCAUAACGCGACUUACCAUAUGAACAUGAACACGAACACUGAAGUUUAAUAGGGAAUAAGAAUGGAUGCUCUAUUUUAUACUGAGAGCUCGCACGAAACAAGCACAACAUAUAACAUAACUGGAACAUGAUUCUGGUACUCUUUGCAUACAACCUGUAAGCCCUCGCGUACAACUGGCGAUAUGCGACUAACACAGUUUGGGAAUUGAAGAUCUAGUGCUCUACUUACAAGCUGAAAUGCAAAGAGCAAAAACGCAUUUGCGUAAGCAUUGUUUAGUUGGAAUUUAACAUUUGCGUUGUUACGCUUUGUCCGAUCCAGUUUUUUUCAUUUAAUUUAUUUUACCUUACACAGCAAAUGAGUUUUUACUAGCCCAGCAGUUCGCAGCUUCGAAUAAUUACAAAUUUUUCUUUUUUAUAAUCAAUGUAUUCUGUUAUGUUAGCCAUAGUUAAUAUUCAAUAUAUAUCGACAAAAUAUUAUCUUAUAUCUGUGCAUGAAUGUAGACAUUUUUCCGUUUCAUUUAAUAAUGACUUACUUGACGAAUAACUCAAACAUAAAAUUGAAUAAAAUAGAGGAAGAAAAGUGUGUGGAAAAGAUGAUAAGAGUUUACGGCUUUUGUAAUUACAUUAGAAUAUCUCGUUCCCAAAACUUACGCUCUCUAAUCCAAAAGUUUCUGACCGGAAGAAUUUAUUUAUUUUUCUUAAAUAUCUUCUCUUACUCAAUUCCUAAGUUUAAGUCAUUCUAUAGUAAGUCUUUAACAGUUUUAGAAAUAGUUGACUGAAUUUUGAGACGACUCAUUAUAUAUAUUUUUUUCAAGUAAAUGUCAGCAUAGAAAUUUUCUUGAUUUUCAAUGGAGGCUACAAGUGCCCCUAGUCAAUGAACGUAACAAUUGUACAUUCAACGGGCAUUCAAAACUAUAGAUGAAUGAUGACUAUUUGCUCAUUUGAAUUUAUUAGAAAAAGAUUUCACAUGUUUUAAAAUAAACUGAAAUAAAUUUGUAAUCAUUCUUCCCAAUUUUGGUCAUGAUUAUAAAUCCUUAGAUGGAAAAUUUAGCACCGUCAGAAUCAACCGUUACCUAAAUUUGAUUCGCCCAGUUGUGAAUAAAGAUUGUCUGAAUGUAACAUUUUUUUCCGUUGAUAUGGUUGUAACAUCACGCGCUUCAAUCACUUGACUUGUCCCACAAUAUUCUACAAUACGAGAAGCCGUUUCAUCUACGAUUGCAGGCUCAGAUGAUUGUUCUUUUAAGAUACUACGAUUGGUUUGGGUGCCGGAAAACCCUAAUUGUUCACGCUGUCAAGUGCCAAAAUUAGGUGCUAGAGAUUCUCCUUUCUACUUCAAUUUCGCUGUAAUACAUGGAUCUCUUACUUUAUACACUAUUAAGAAACGACUACUUUUAACCCAUUGUGCAAUAUCUAGAACACUUGGAAAAUUAAUUGCAUGGGAGUUAUAUCCUGACAGUUCGCUCAUUUCACUGACUUGUAAUUAAUUUAAUUGCGGGAAAGUAUACGAGGUUUUGGAUUUAAUGUUGUAACAUUCUAGCAGUGUUGAACAAAUAAUAUCCUUGCAUCAAAUUUCCAAUGAAUAGCUCUUAAUUUAAGUUGAUUGAGACCUAUUCUGAGAUGUCGAUCUUUAACUUAGAACUCAACGAAAACAUAUGCCUCCAGCAAAUUGCAUUGUAAAAAUCCCUGUGAUUCUUCAUCCACUUAAAUUCUAUAAGUAGAAGAUCACGUAGGAGUGAAUUAUUGUCCGAUACGUAUUAUGUUUGGGUACGUACGUUAGUAUAUGUAGCGAACGUUUCAAAAUGUAUUAUCUCAUUUCUUGAUGAAUUUUAAAAUAAUGAAUGUUUAGGACAAAUAUAAAUGUACCUAUGUAGCUUGCACAAACGAUUGGCGGUUAUGUUAAAAUAAAACAGAAAUUCAUUGAUCGAAAAAAUCAACAAUGUUUAGUCGUGUCACAAUCUAGAGUUCUCCAACUGCACAACGCUAGAUCAUAGCCGAGUCAUUCGCCUGGUCGCAUUUCCUUGUUCAGCCUUAGAGCACAGAAGCUAGGGUGAGAAUCUAUUGAUAAUAACAUAUAUUGAUUCAGCUUAUAGUCGUUAUUUUGUUGUGAUGUUUUGCUAUUUCAGUAACAAAUAUGUCUGCUAUUGUCUUGUAUCAGACAAAAUUUGAAAAUAGGAAUAUAUUGAAAUGUCAUAAGAUGACAAUUAAGUAGUAAAAGGUAAUCCUAUCCAGGUUAUGCCAUUAGCAUCUGCCUGAGUAGAGUCUGAUUCAUGAAAAUUAUUCCAGUUAAAUUCAAAGUAGUAAUGGUUAUGUCUUCCUCUUAUUAUUAGCAUUAUAAAAUAAAUGUGUUCUGCGUAUUGAUGUGCGUAACUUGGCAGGUAUUUGUUCGGAGCAACUCAUCGUAAAUUGUAGCCUCAUGCUAAUGUCAAGAUUUG